CACUGCACAGUACUAGACCUGCAGAGAAAAAAGAAGAAAAAAUGGACUCAAAGAAAAUGAACUCACCUAGAAAAAGGAUAAGGAAAUAUCAUACAAGAAAAGUCCUAUUAUUAACUCUUAUAUGGAUAUGGCUGAAGCUAGAAGAGAAAUUGUCCAUGCUUUAGAGCUUCAUCGUUCUUCUUCAUCUUCAUCUUCAUCUUUUAGUAACCCGAUGAAUUAUGCAGUAUCGGGUCAAAGAGUAAAUUCCCAGCAAUUUUAUUACUCAAUAGUGGAGUCAAUGCCUAUACCUCAACCAACUUGGUCUACAACGGCUCCGGCAAUACAUACUGCACCGCCACCACUGCUGCUGCCGCCGUCUCCACCACCGUCUUCUUUUGCCGGUGAAGUUCCUGAGUUUGAUUGGUGGAUAGGGUUUCUGAAGUCAUUGGAUGGCAAGAAGAGUACAAGUAGACAAAGAUAUUUGCCUCUUGAAGAAGAUAUUUUGAUGGAAAAUUCGAAGGUGCUUAGCCAAUUACACGACGGAUUAAAGAAUGAGCCUCCUAAUUGUAUAGGUGCAAAUGAUGAUCCUAGUUACCAAUUUCCAGAUGAGUGGUUGAUUAUCCCUACAGCUGAUGAUGAUCAUGUACUGGAGUUUAUUUAAAUUAACCUUUAAAACCUAGAAGUCCUUCAACAAAAAACUAGGUAAGUUUCUCAUUUCACUUAAAAAAAGAUGGGAAAACAGAAAUUAGCAACGGACAAAAUCUGUCGCUGAUUGUAUUUGGCCACUAAUCCUAUUUAGCGGCGGUUUGGCAGUAGAUGAGCAACUUAGAAGAAAUCUGUAGUUAAUUCCAGUUUUUUAGUGUCUCCUGUCAUUUCAGUAAUUUUUGUAUGUCUUAUUCAUUUACUAUUAGUAGAGGCUAGUGGUUGUUUUAUGUAAUUCUUCCUUAUUCUUUGCCUCAUCUAUAAUGCAAUGGUAGUUGCAA